UCUCUCAGACUCUCUGCAUUUACCAAACAAGAGUCGGAGUGUAUCAGCACUUCGAAGGUAAACCUUGCUGUUAGGGACGAUUGCUGUCGCGUCUGGAUCUUGUUUCUCAGUUUUGCAAGAACAAUUUCUCUGAGAUCAGACGCCUUUUGAUUUUUCCAUCAUUAAUUUUCGUACGGGGUUCAGAGGUUUGGUCUGUUCUUCAGUGCUUGAGUUGUUUUGAUACGCCGCAGCCAUGGAUGUUGAUUCACAGCCAAUGAUGGAGGAGACCAUACUGGUCGGUGACGACCUAAUGAUGGGUCCUCCAUCUCCUGUCAUCCCUCCUGAAAUUGCUUCACAUGUCCUCGAAGGUGUUGAACUCUGCGAUGGCAUUUUGAGGAAUCUAUUCCUAUGCUUGCAAAUCAAUGAUAUUGAACCAUUUUGCCAAGAUGAGCUUGCCUUGUAUCGACAAUGUGCUGAAAACAGGGACAAGGUAUUGAGAGUAAGGCUUCAAGAGAGCGAAUACAAGUUAGGAUCGUCAAUGCCUAUUGAUCUUGCUAAGGAAAGGGUUACUCAGCUUGAAUCUGAAGCCACAUCACUAGAGAGGCAUUUGAUUCUAGCUAGUGGAGCUGAAGGAAUCGAAGGAUUUCGUCAGAGGUGGAGUUUGCACGGUCGUAUGACAGAUACCAAGAAAAGACUGGAGUCACUGAAGCGAGGAAUGGAAAAUAGGAAAAAGGAGGGACAUGAUCAGCCGGCGAAACCUUCUACUCCGAAGAGAUGGUUUCUUUGGUGAAGCUUUUGUCAUUUUACUAGCAUGCUCCAGAGAAUGAAUCAUACAAUCUAAAAAAUAAUAAUGCAUUUAUGGUGCAGAUGCUUCCCAAUGUAACCAUGUUUUCAUAUGGAAAGUAGAAUAUAUUUACUUAAAAGCACUCGUUUGGAUUGUGAUA